AUGGGAACUCAAGCUCCAACUGACCAGAAUUAUUACUCCAAUAAUGUUGAUGAACGAACUGCAAAGGAAAAGGCAAUUGAUGACUGGCUUCCUAUUACUUCAUCAAGGAAUGCAAAAUGGUGGUACUCAGCCUUCCACAAUGUCACUGCCAUGGUUGGAGCUGGUGUCCUGGGUCUCCCGUUUGCCAUGGCAGAACUGGGAUGGGGACCUGGUGUAACUGUGUUGGUCAUAUCUUGGGUUGUCACUCUAUACACUUUAUGGCAAAUGGUUGAGAUGCAUGAAAUGGUACCUGGGAAGCGUUUUGACAGAUACCAUGAGCUUGGUCAGCAUGCUUUUGGUGAAAAGCUUGGUCUAUGGAUAGUAGUGCCCCAACAGCUAAUUGUAGAAGUUGGUGUUAACAUAGUCUAUAUGGUCACUGGAGGGAGAUCACUGAAGAAAUUCCAUGAUAUAGUGUGCAAAGAUUGCAAAAGUAUCAAACUCACUUACUUCAUUAUGAUCUUUUCCUCUGUCCAUUUUGUUCUCUCCCAUCUCCCAAACUUCAACUCCAUUUCUGGUGUGUCUUUGGCAGCAGCAGUCAUGUCUUUGAGCUACUCUACUAUUGCCUGGACGACUUCAAUUGACAAAGGUGUAGUACCGGAUGUACAAUACAGCUACAAAGCUAAGAGCACAGCAGGCAAAGUUUUUGAUUUCUUUGGAGCCUUGGGUGAUGUCGCUUUUGCCUAUGCUGGGCACAAUGUGGUCUUGGAGAUUCAGGCAACAAUUCCUUCCACACCUGAGAAGCCAUCCAAGGGCCAAUGUGGAGGGGAGUGA